AGACCACAAUCCUAGGUUGGCAGGGCGUCCGGCUCAACUUGUUUUUGUUUAUUUAAAAGAAAAACAUUAAAAUGCAGCCGGCGAGACGGCGGUUCUUCAGCACUGGGGCCAAAUAUGCGGGUAAUACGGAGGAGGACUUGGAACUGGGUAUCAAAUAUUACGGUGAAGAGGUUGUCCGUAUGGAACUAGUAAAUAGGCAACACAGAGCACAAUGUCGUAGCCAGUUGAAUCGGAUGCUGGUCCUCUUCGGGCUGGCAGCACUAUACUUAAGCUUUGCCAUUAAGUUUAGUGAACAUCCAGUUACCUUCGGGCAGGCGCAAAUCCUGUAUCCUGUGCUGCUAUUCCUGACUAUUUUCAUGAUCAUUCUGCAUUCGUCAUCAAGACUCGUGCAGUCAGAGAAAGUGUUCUAUAGUUGGGACCUGGCACUGCAAACCGAAAUAGUGCGGACUUUUGGACGAGAAUCGUACUGUGUACAGCGUGGCAACCUUCACGAUAUAGUGAUCAACGAAGUAAUCGAGGAUCUUGAUAUAAAGUAUAUGCUAAUACUACGCACUAAGGGAAAUCUCUUCCGGGAGCGACCUAUAAUACCUCUUUUUCACAGUCUUUCGCCCUCCCUUGAGUGUUUGCAACAUAUCCGCAGCCAUUUGCAUAAAUGUUGGUUAAAUGGCAAAACGGACAGAUCGGAGCGCGCUUACAGCAAGGAGAAGCCCUCUAUGGUGGCAUCGUAAUAUUCAAUCAAUUUAUCCAUCUGUUCAUAGUCAGGAAUUUAAUGUUAGAGCAAUAAAGCCAAAGAUCUCUAAUAUAUA